UUACGAGAAUUGGAAAAUUGGCAGUAACGUUUUGUGUUUCCCACAAGUGAGGUGUUAAAUAAUUUAAAGAUGAAGUGUUUUGUGAGUUUGCUGUUGCUGGUGGUGUUGUUGGGCGUUAACGCUUACGAUUUCGAUGAUAGUGGUUAUAAUGAGUAUCUCUUCAAGGAGCUGCAAUCUCUGCAAGAUGAAGAUAACGCCAGUGAUUUGCUGCCAAAUAGAGCACGUCGUGAUACUGCGGCCGAGAGCUCAGCGGAACAUCAUUCAAAGGAGUGUCCUAAGCAUUCCUGGAAGAAGGAUAUGCAUUGUUGCAAGGGGAGCAAUGCUAACGACGAACAAUUGGAAAUUUUCAAGAGUUUUAGGAAAGAGUGCAUUGCGGAGUUGAAGGGUGAACCGGCUGAUGACGCCUAUGACCCCUUCGAUUGCGAAAAGAUGCAACAGGUGAGGGAGAAAAUUAUUUGUCUUAGCGUAUGCGUGGCCAAGAAGUUUGAUACCAUCGAUGAGAAUGGCAAACUAAAACGUGAUGUUAUUCUAGCAGAAAUGCGCAAGCAAAUCGGUGACGUACAAUGGAAGAAAGACGCUGUGGAAGGCUAUGUUGACAAAUGUCUGGCUGAGGCAAAGGAACGGCAUGAGCAACGCGAGAAGGAAGGCAGACUGAGUGAGGGCUGCAGUCGUAAUCCAUUGACCUUCCAAAACUGUAUGUGGCGUGAAUUCUGGAACGGUUGCCCGGCAGAAUUGCAAGUCGACUCGCCAAAAUGUAAUAAAUUGCGUGAACGCACUGCGGCUGGUAAUACACGAUUCUUCGGUAAACAUUUAAUCUACAAAUACUAUCCCAGCCCAUAUGAUGGUGAGGGUGUGGGUGGUAUAUGAGUAGGGUAUAACGAUAUGCAUAUACAAAUUUUUUCAAUUGAAAAGAAUUUAGUGUUAUUGAAAAACGGCAAAUAAAUCAAAUGAAAGCAAUUAA